CUAACCAUGUUAGGCCGCCUCAAGGUGCGCCCAGCUGCAUGGAAUGGGAUAAAAGACUGCAUCUGCGAAGCUCGACGCGAGAUCGCGUACGCAUCCCCAAGUCAUGUCUGACGAUGCCACCGCCGCAAUUAUCUUCAUAGUCAACAGCCAAUACGUUCAGAACUGUUGCAAUAUUGCUGCGUUUGCGAUUUACCUUUUUGACCAUGCCAUCACGCUCGGGGAUCAGAUUGACCACCUAUGGCGCCGACGCUUUUCUGGGGUGACGGCGCUGUUCAUCGCGCUUCACCUCUCGACCAUUGCGGUGUACGUGCUGUACAUCGUAUUGGUGCCCUUCAACAUUGGUUGCCACUGAUUGGAUAGCAGACAUUCUUUAUGGGAUCGCUGGGCUGAUCCAAUGCCUUGUUGUUGGAGGUAUGAUACGGGGUUUCUUGCAGAACAUGCCCAACUGAC